AUGGCGGCGGCGGACGGGGACCAGCGGUGGCUGGUGGAGUGCCUGACGGCCACGCUCGACACCGCCCGCGACGUCCGCGCCUUCGCCGAGGAGUCGCUCCGCCAGGCCGCCCUCCAGCCAGGAUAUGGAGCUGCCCUCACAAAGGUCACAAUCAACAAGGAGAUCCCUUUUGGGCUACGUCAGCUUGCUGCUGUCUUGUUAAAACAGUUCAUCAAGCAUCACUGGGAGGAACAAGAAGAGAAUUUCGUGCCUCCUGUUGUUUCUGCCUCAGAAAAGGUUGUUAUACGUCAACUCCUUCUUACCUCACUUGAUGAUUCUAACGGGAAAAUACGCACUGCUAUUGGCAUGGCUGUAGCAGCUAUUGGGCAGAAUGAUUGGCCAGAAGACUGGCCCGAGUUACUGUCCUUUCUCUUAAAGUUAAUUGGUGAUCAAAGCAAUGGGAAUGGAGUUCGUGGAGCAUUAAGAUGCCUAGCUCUUCUAUCAGAUGAUUUAGAUGAUGAAUGCAUUCCAAAAUUAGUGCCAGAGCUAUUCCCAUCAUUGUACAUAAUAAUAUCAUCUCCGCACCUGUAUGAAAAUUCUCUUCGUGCAAAAGCUGUUGGAAUAGUCCAUUCAUGUAUUUCCAUGCUUGGAUCAAUGAGUGGUGUUUAUAAGAGAGAGACACUCAGUUUGAUGACUUCAAUGCUUGAUCCACUUAUGGAGCAAUUCUCUAUAAUUUUAAAUUCACCGGUGUUGUCCCAAAAUCCUGAUGACUGGAGUAUGCAGUUUGAGGUGCUUAAGUGUUUACUCCAGCUUAUCCAGAACUUUCCUAGACUACCUGAAGCCAAAAUUUCUGCUAUUCUUGCGCCGUUGUGGCAGACCUUUGUUUCAUCCUUCAAGGUCUAUCACCUGUCAACCAUUCAAGCUUCAGAGGAUGUUGAUUCUGUUGGCUACGAUUCUGAUGGGAGUGAAAGAAGUAUUGAAUCCUUUGGGAUCCAGUUAUUUGAGCUAUGGACAACUAUCGUGGGGAAUUCUCUGUUAGCAAAGGUCAUUGCAGGAAGCAUUAAAGAGUUGGCGUACUACACUAUAUCCUUUCAACAGAUAACUGAAGAACAGGUACAAAACUGGUCACGUGAUGCUAACCAGUAUGUUGCCGAUGAGGAUGAUGUAACUUAUAGCUGUCGUGUGUCUGGAUCUCUUUUGCUGGAAGAGAUAGUCACUGCCUACGAGGAUUACGGAAUUGACUCAAUUCUGGAAGCUUCACAGAUUUGUUUUCGUGAAUCAUGUGAAUUAAGACAAGCAGGUUCUGCCGACUGGUGGAGGCUGCAUGAAGCAUCACUUUUUGCUCUAGGUUCACUUUCAGAACAUCUAUGUGAAGCACAGAGUCCUGGCUCCCCGCUGGUGUAUCUAAUGAGACAGUGA